CGUAAGAGGGCUAGAGGCUUACCUUCACGAGUUACGGCGGUUAGCAUCCUAAGGCCGAACAUCGUUUUACUCAACGAGAUCCAUCCUUACGAAGAAGAAAUUAGGUACAUUAUAGAGAAGGACCGCGCUAUAUACCCGGAUUUAUUACUUAUUAUAGGCACGAAGAUCACCAUUCCCGGCAUUUAG